AUGUUGGUCCAAGAUCGUAUAUCCCCCAAAUCCGCCGAAACCCAGAAGAGAAACCCCCCAAUCCUUCACCCCAAUCGUUUCUCCGAGUCCAAAAACCUUGAUUUCUCCACAUGGGUAUCCGAAAACCUCUACAAAAUUCUCACAAUCCUCUUUCUAAUAGCCACCAUCGCCGCCCUCUUCUUCCUCCGGAAUUCCGGCGACACCGCCACGCUCCUCUGCCUCCAAUCCCAGCAGUCCAAGCACCUCCAGAGCCUCCAAUUCCCCCAAAUCAAUUGGAAUUCAAUUCCACCCAUUUCAGAUAAAUCCACACCCUUCUCGAAUUUCCGAUCCGAGAAGUGGAUCAUCGUCUCUGUUUCGGAUUACCCCUCCGAUUCCCUUCGGAAUUUGGCAAAGAUCAGAGGGUGGCAAGUCUUGGCAGUUGGGAAUUCCAAGACUCCUAAAGAUUGGAGUCUUAAAGGUACUAUCUUUCUCUCUUUGGAAUUGCAAGCUAAUUUGGGUUUUAGAGUUGUUGAUUACUUGCCUUAUGAUUCAUAUGUUAGAAAAACUGUUGGCUAUUUAUUUGCUAUACAACAUGGUGCUAAGAAAAUCUUUGAUGCUGAUGAUCGUGGUGAGGUGAUUGAUAAUGAUAUUGGUAAGCAUUUUGAUGUUGAGUUGGUUGGUGAAAGUGCCAGACAAGAGGUUAUAUUGCAAUAUAGUCAUGAAAAUCCUAAUAGGACUGUUGUGAAUCCGUAUAUUCAUUUUGGCCAACGCUCAGUUUGGCCCAGGGGGUUGCCAUUGGAAAAUGUAGGUGAAAUAGGGCAUGAGGAGUUUUAUACUGAGGUGUUUGGUGGAAAACAGUUUAUUCAGCAGGGGAUUUCAAAUGGCUUACCAGAUGUGGAUUCGGUUUUUUAUUUUACAAGGAAAUCAGGGUUGGAAGCAUUUGAUAUUAGGUUUGAUGAGCGUGCCCAGAAAGUGGCGAUGCCACAGGGUAUAAUGGUGCCACUUAAUUCUUUCAAUACCAUUUAUCAGUCUUCUGCAUUUUGGGGUUUGAUGCUUCCUGUUUCGAUUAGUACAAUGGCUUCUGACGUUUUGAGGGGUUAUUGGGCACAAAGGCUUUUGUGGGAAAUUGGCGGCUAUGUUGUUGUUUAUCCUCCUACGGUUCAUAGGUAUGAUAAAAUUGAAGCGUAUCCAUUUUCUGAGGAGAAAGAUCUUCAUGUGAAUGUAGGUCGUCUGAUUAAGUUCUUGAUUGCAUGGAGAUCGGGUAAGCAUAGAUUGUUUGAAAAAAUCUUGGAGUUAAGCUAUGUGAUGGCUGAGGAAGGAUUUUGGACUGAGAAAGAUGUGAAGUUUACAGCUGCUUGGCUUCAGGACUUGCUCGCUGUUGGGUACCAGCAGCCAAGGCUAAUGUCAUUUGAAUUGGAUCGGCCACGGGCACAAAUUGGACAUGGGGAUCGGAAGGAGUUUAUUCCUCGAAAGCUACCAUCUGUUCAUCUUGGGGUCGAGGAAAUAGGAACGGUGAAUUACGAAAUUGGAAAUUUGAUUCGGUGGAGGAAGAAUUUUGGGAAUGUUGUGCUUAUAAUGUUCUGCAGUGGACCUGUUGAACAUACAGCUUUGGAAUGGAGAUUGCUUUAUGGCAGGAUAUUUAAAACUGUGAUUAUUUUGUCAGAGCAGAAGAAUGUAGAUCUUGCUGUUGAGGAAGGGCAGUUGGACCAUGUAUACAAGCAUCUGCCGGAACUAUUUGUCAGAUACAGCAGUGCAGAAGGGUUCUUAUUCCUCCAGGACAAUACUAUUCUUAAUUACUGGAACUUGCUGCAAGCAGACAAGCUUAAGCUCUGGAUCACGGACAAGGUAAACGAACAGCAAAACUCGCAUCUGCCGGAACUAUUUGCCAGAUACAGCAGUGCAGAAGGGUUCUUAUUCCUCCAGGACAAUACUAUUCUUAAUUACUGGAACUUGCUGCAAGCAGACAAGCUUAAGCUCUGGAUCACGGACAAGGUCUCCAAGUCUUGGACUGCUGUCCCAAUUGAUGGAAACUCAGACUGGUUUAAACAGCAAGCAGAAUUGGUAGAGAAAGUUGUUAGUACAAUGCCAGUUCACUUGCAAGUCAAUUACAAAGAAUCCAUGAAAAAUGACCAGAGCCUUACAAUAUGUAAUUCUGAGGUAUUCUACAUUCCUCGGAAAUUUGUAGCAGACUUUAGUGAUCUUGUAAAUCUAGUGGGCGAUCUUAAUAUCCAUCACAAGGUUGCAAUACCACUGUUCUUCAUGGCAAUGGACUCGCCUCAGAAUUUUGACUCGGUGUUCAAUGCAAUGAUUUAUGAGCAAAAACCGCCUACUAAUUCUUCAACAUUUUAUUCUGCCGAAGUGCCUGCAAUUCACCCUUGGAAUGUGGCCAGUGAGCAGGAGUUCAUAAAGCUGAUUAGAAUAAUGGCAGCGGGUGAUCCACUGCUAAUGGAGUUAGUGUGA